UGCAGCUAGCUAGUUUAGCCUACUCAAACACCCUGCUCAAAUAGAGGGAUGCUACGUUAGCUAGCUGGCUAUGACUAUCCAACACAACAGGAAGAAAACCGUAACACUCACACUUCAGUCUCUGCCCGGGCAAGAUGAACAAGGCAUCUGUGGGUCAUAAUCAAUAAGCACAUGGACCUUAAUGCCCCCCCCCCCCCCCAGCCCAGCCAGCAGGAGGUCAUGGGCCUCAGGGUCAUUGGCUCCAUCUUCAACAUCAUGGUCAUUGCCAUCAACCACUACUGCUACAUUUGCCACAGCCUGCACUACAACCGCCUGUUCAGCACCAGGAACACCUGCUGCUACCUGGGCAUCACCUGGCUGCUCACUGCCAUGGUCACGGUGCACAACGUCUUUGUGGGCUCACUGCAGUACGACCCAUGCAUCUACUCCUGCACCUUCGCCCAGAGCAGCUCCUACUACACCAUCUCUGUGGUGCUCAUCCACUUCCUGGUGCCCCUCUCGGUGGUCUGUUAUUGCUACCUGAGGAUCUGGGUGUUAGUCAUCCAGGUGAAACAAAGGGUGAAACCAAAUGACGAGCAGAAACUAAAGCCCAGCGACCUUCACAACUUCUUGACUAUGUUUGUCGUGUUCCUAUUGUUUGCUGUGUGCUGGGGACCACUCAUCUUUAUUGGCCUGGCAGUGGCCACUGACCCGGAAGGGUGUCUCAAUGCUGUCAUCUACGGGCUACUCAAUCAGAACUUUCGUAAGGAAUACCAGCGCAUCUUCCUGUGGCUGUGCACCGCUCUAACAGUUUUUGUGGAAGGCUCCAGGUGUGGGACUGAGGGAUUUAUAAGAACAACAAGUAAACAGUCACAUGUAGUGUCAAACAGCAAUCAGGCCGAGGGUGAACCUGUAGGUGAAUAGCAAAUGACUGUUCACUUACUCCUUUAAAAUACUAUGAAAUGGAGCAAGAAAAAUGUA